UUACAUACGAGUCAGUAACACAAUUAGUGCCACUGCUCGAGCGAUGUCGGUAAUUCAGAACGUGUGACCCGAAAUUACAUGUAGUGCUUGAUCCACUCAGAGUCUGUAACUCAGUACAUACACACAUGCACGCAUGGUAUAACAGUGUUAUCACGAAAAUAAAAACAAAACAGCGUAGGUUUUUUAAAGAAAUUGAACGAAAUUUCAGCUUCGAUGAAAUUCGACAAUCAAUUGACUACAACUGAUAGGAUAAAUAGUAUAAUUACCUGCCUGUCAAUUGUUAACUUUUAUUGAAAAUAUCCUGAACAGAACGAAGUAUUCACAAUAACAGAAAAGUUGACAAAACGACAACGCGAUUUAUUAUUGACAGUUUGAAAAAUAAUAAUCAAGAAUGAAGCUGGAAGUGUACAACGACAUUGUAAAUACAAUUCGAGAUUAUCGAGGAUUACCAAAGGAUUGUCGAGAUGUAUUGAAACAAAAAUACAAAGACAUUCCAGCAAAUACGCUAUAUGGGAUAUUAUCCUUAGAUAUACAACACAAAAUGAAAAUUAAUCAUAACAAAUUGUUUGGCAGUAACAAAAACUAUUACGACAUUUACAUGAAAGCUGUACGAAAUGGAGAAUCUGUUGGUAUAUUAUUAAGACUGGCAAAGGAUCUCAGUGUACCUCCUGCAUUAUUAGCUAAGAAUAUUCUUGAAAAACACUGUGAAAUACAUGAUCAUAGCGUUUCUAGAAAUGAAAUUGGAAAAUUAUUCAGAGAUACUACACUGAUUCAAGAUAAAGAUCUUGCAUACGAAGUGUAUUUGUGUGUUUUAUACGAUAACGUGUACGGACCCAUAGCAGAUGCGACUGGAGUGUCUGUUGGUCAGGAAUACGAAUUAAAACUGCAGAACUAUUUGACAGAGCACAAUCUUGCAUUUCGUAAUGAGGAAUACUUAAGAUCAAGAGGAUAUGACAAAACACCAGAUUUCAAACUGGAAGUUCCAAUAGCAGUGAAUGGUUUUAUAAUAAAUUGGAUAGAGUCCAAGGCAAGAUUUGGCAAUUUAGAAAUUCAUCACAAGUACAUAAAAGAGCAGUUUCUAAGCUACUGGAACAGAUUCGGUCCAGGACUAGUAAUUUACUGGUUUGGAUUCAUCGAUAUCCUAAGUGAAUCUAGUGAAAAGAGGUUUAUCAUCAUGGACCACUUUCCAGAGAACAUAACGUACAUGGACCCCACGUGUAUAGAGCCAACAUUGUAAUUCAGUAUUAUGUGACAUACGUAUUAUGUAAUACAGUUUAAUCUCGAUAACUCGGAUCUCGAAUUAUAAAUCUUCGGUUUAUAAUUGAACAAAGAAAAUUAUUAUCUUCUAGAGACUUUCGAGUUACCGAGGUUCAACCGUACUUGUACAAUAACGAUUACUCUUGAUAAAUAUAAAAUAAUAUUUUCGUCAUUA